AUGUCGGCUGAACAAUAUGGAUCUAGUCUCCUGGAUGGCGUGCAUGAGGAAAGUCUAGAACAGCAUGAUCAGCUUCUGGCAGAUGUUAGACGCCUACUAUAUCCACGGCAACAGUCCGUCCUAGGGUUGGAACAACUAGAUGACCUGUUGGAAGGUGUUAGGCAUUUGGAUGAACCACCAUCAGCUCAGUACCCGGAAUGGACAUCUUCCAGAGCACCAAGUCCAGAACAUGCCAUCAACGAUGAAGGAGCUAGCUAUGAAGAUAAUGCUGCCAAUAUUGAGACAGAGAGACCGGCCAUAGCAAAGACGAAAACGAAGCCUGUCAUCAUCGAGCUCACAAGCCAACACUCGGCAUCUGGCAAGACAAGCAUACUGUACUAUCUGGCUGGACUCGCGACACUCCCAUACGAGUCUAGUGGCAAGCAAUCAGCCGUUGUGUGGAUCGACAGCGAUGGACGUGUCUCCGCCUCUCGGUUGGCACAGGUGAUUGAGUAUCACCUCUCUAUGGCAAGGACCGACUCAACAGAGAGCAACACACAACAACCCGGCGGUGCGAGCAUCACGAGCCCAACAGCCCUCGAAGCUCUAAACCACAUCCAUAUCUUCCGCCCACAAUCUUCAACACAAGUCCUCAACAUCCUGGACUCCCUUCCACGCUACCUCCUGGAUCCAACACGACAUAAAUCCUCCCACCGCCAAUUAGGCCUACUGAUACUCGACUCCGCCACGGCCUUCCACGCACAAGACCGCUUCGACGCCGAAAUGGCGCGUCUCGAUCUGCCUCUCCAACAGCGCGAGCCAUCCGGCAAACCCAAUCCAACAUCCAAAGCAUCCGUAAUCAUCACACGCCUGAGUGCUCUUCAAGCACGCUUCGAAUGCACCAUACUCUUCACCACCAACACGAGCACCAUGACCGCCAACACCUCCAACCAAGCCGCCACACCGAAUGACCCCAGCAGGGUCGCCAUCAACGACUCGCCCAUCAUCAGUCCUUGGACACGCUUCGCGACCCUGACGCUGCAGGUCGAGCGAGUGCGUGUCGCGCAGUUCGCGCCGUACAUGGAUCUCGAGCAGUGUUUGCACGAUGCCGAGAGGAGGCUGGAGGUGGUGAGGAGAGGGAGAUUUACUGUUGAGGUAUUGGGGCAACGGAGGGAUUCUAGCAGGGGUAAGGCUAGGGGCACGGGGAAUGUUACUUUGAGUGUUACUGAGGCUGGAGUCCGGAUUGAAUCUUAA